AUGUUUCUGGCAACACAUGGUGGAAAUUUUCUUGUAGCCAUUAAACAAGAGAAGAGAGAGAACAUGGCACAGACCAGUGGAGGAGAGAAAGCUGGGAAAAAGUUGGAGCCUGGUAAGAAGAAGGAGUGCACAACAGGAAAGAAGAGAAAAAAGACCGUUUCCAGUGGACCCAAACCCCCAGUCACGGGGUAUGUUAGAUAUUCGAAUGAACGCAGAAAAUGGAUCAGAAGUCAGCACCCAGACUUGCCAUUUUCAGAAAUCACAAAGAUGCUGGGAGCUGAGUGGAGCAGUUUGCCAGCACCAGAGAAGCAGAAAUAUCUUGAUGAGGCAGAGAAGGACAAGCAGCAGUACAUGAUGGAGCUCAGGGAGUACCAACAGUCUGAAGCAUACAAGAUGUGCACAGAAAAGAUCCCACCUAAAAAGAUCAAAAAAGAGGAAGGCAACGUGCCCACCAUUGUUACCACCUUGUUGGACGAGCAACCAUGCACAAGCAAAGAUCCUGAGACUGAUGGAUUCCUCACAUGUGGUGUACCCAUUUUUACCAAAGAGUUUUUGAAUGAAUAUAAAGCUUGUGAAACAGAGCUGAAAGAACUGACCAGUAGGAACUUGGAGUUGGAGAAGAGUAAUAUUAAAUUCAGACAGAACUCUUAUGGUUUGAUGCAUUACAACUUGUGGCUUGAAGAGGAUACAGAAGCCAGAGAAGAAUUUGUUAUGAAGCUUGAGCAGGAUCUGCAGGCUAUUCAUAAACCCCUACUGAGCUGCUUCUCCUCCUUGCCCAUCCCUGGCACUGGUGAGACAGCAACACAAGAAAAUCUUGAUGACUACCUGACUAAACUUCAUGACGUGAUUAUGAAGAACCCAUCUCAGCACGAGGAUAUAGUCAUCCGUGUAAAAGAAGCCUUGUCUAAGAUUGACAUGGAAGAUUUUGAGUGA